AAACUUGAUCACACGAUAUCGUUUUUGAGUCCAGUGUAGGGCGCUACAUCUGAACAUCAGACUAGGACUAUGGCCUCACUCACGCUUCUAAGCAUUCCUCUACUGUUAGUGGGUCUACAACUUGCAGCUACACAAACAGAUGUGUCACGUUGUCCUAUCAACCUACAGAGGGGACCUUCCCUUCAAAGCUUCGAGGAUCAAUGCUACCUUUUUGAAAUUCACCAUCACCAGGACUGGGCUCACGCUAAUAACGACUGUCAGGCCAAGGGUGGUCAUCUUCUGACAAUCCACUCAUCGAAGGAGCAGAAUUUCAUUAUGUCAACACUAGGGUCUCUAAACUUCGCAGGGAACGGUGUUUGGCUGGGGCUGACGGAUCAGAACACAGAGGGAACCUUUAUCUGGGCUGACGGUAGUCCUGUAGACUUUACGUACUGGGCUAGUGGACAGCCGGCCGGACUGGGAGGGAUAGCAGCCGCACAGGAAGACUGCACCCUAAUGAAAUAUCGCGACUCCGGCCACUGGCACGACUAUCCUUGUUCCUCCAUCUUGUUUAUCCCAGAAAAUUAUGGCUGGGUUUGCAAAUUCAAUAAGCUACCAGAAGUGAUAACUACACCCAAACCUGUUGUUGUAGCGACAACACAUGUAGCGACAACACAAAGUCCAGACAUGGCCACGGUUGUAUAGACAUUGUACAUUAAACUUAUUUGAAAUCAC